GCCGAAGGGUCUGCGGUCGGCACGCUCGGGAGGACGGAGCCGCCCCGCAAGGGAUGAAUGCUGCGAGGAGCGCUAGGCCCCCGCCGCGGUGGUCGGUGCCGGGGUGGGAGGCGCUGGCUUUACCGGCCCCUUGUCCUUCAGCCCGGCGGUGCUGUGGCCAGUCCACGGCCUCUGCCGCUGGGAAGGGAUGAGGGUUUCAAGGCAGGCAGUGCUCCCGUGUGCAGUAAAACGUGUGGAAGCAGCGGAUUCGCUUUCAGGGCUGUGCUGCAGGUUCCUGUACUGAGCUCUUGCGUGGGUGCCCACUCGGGUUUCCUCAGCAGCACCUUGGGGAGGGUCAGUAAGUGAGCACGAACCCGGCUCCGCCCUAGCGAGCGAGCCUGCGAGCACUUACAUGGUCGUGGAAGCAGUGGAAGUACAAAACCUUUAAUUACUUUAAUCCACCCGGCAGAAUUUCAGAAAACCAAAACCAAAAAAAAAAAAAAAAACCAAAAAACCAGAAUCAAAAAAACAAACUGAUGUCAGCAACGUCUUGUCCGAUAAGCUCGAGCGCCCCGCGGGCUCUGCUGCCGCGGUGGGAGCGCGGGGGCUGUGCCGCGGCGUGCCCGGCUCCCAUGGUGACCCAGGCAGGCGGCACUUCCUGCUGCCGCCCGGAGGAGGCGGGCCCGGCGGGCCCUGGCGCUGCUAAUGUUGCUGAAUAAGGCUUUGAAAUUCCUACCCAUGAAACUUUGCCUUUGUCUGGUCUCAAAACAGGUUUUAAAAACUAAAGGAAGAUGUCCUUUUUCCCCAAAAUUGUUUUCCAAUAUGAAGUUGAAGAGUAUCUCACCAAAGUGUUCAGAAAUAAUGAGCUUAUCACUGCUUUAGGUACACAGGAGGCAGAGAAAAAAUACCAAUCUCUCUUAAGUCAUCUAUCUCAUCCACCAGCUUUUACAACUGUAAGAGUAAAUACCCACUUGGCCUCAGUGAAACAUGUGAAAAAAUUGCUGUUUGAAGAGAUCCAGAAGCAAUUUAAAGGACUAUGUGUUCCAGUUCUCGAGCACCCAAAACUUCAGGACAUUUUACUAAUUCCUGUCAUUGGACCCAGGCGAGAUUUAAAAAAACAUGCAUCUGAAGUCAUAGUUGGAGCCCAGUGUGGAAAUGCAGUACUUCGGGGAGCACACGUUUAUGUCCCUGGAAUUGUAUCUACCUCAAGAUCUGUGAAAGCUGGAGAUCUGGUUUCAGUGUAUUCAGAUAUUGAAGGGAAAUGCAAAAGAGGAGCCAAAGAAUUUGAUGGAGUUAAAGUUUUCCUUGGAAAUGGAAUUUCAGAAAUCAGCCGCAGUGAAAUCUUCAGUUCAAGUGGCCCACUGAAGGGGCUGGGUAUAAGAAUGAUAGAGCCAGUCUACCUGAGUCCUUCAUUUGACAACGUGCUCCCUAGUCAUUUGUUUUUACAGAAUUUACCUUCUGUGGUUGUGAGCCAUAUUUUAAACCCUCAACCAGGAGAGAGAAUUUUGGAUAUGUGUGCAGCACCUGGAGGAAAAACAACCCAUCUUGCAACACUAAUGCACAAUCAGGGUGAAGUUAUAGCCAUGGACAAGAUAGCUAACAAGGUCAAGAAAAUCAAGCAGAAUGCUGAAUUGCUACAGUUGAAUUGCAUUAAGGCCUUUUGCUAUGAUGGAACAAAGGCCCUUUCAGUAGAGAAGAGAGAGGAUAAACAAGAAGGACCUCCAUUCUUACCAGAGUCAUUUGAUCGAAUUCUUCUUGAUGCUCCAUGUAGUGGGAUGGGACAGAGACCAAACAUGGCUUAUUCCUCAACUUUAAAGGAAGUGACCUCAUAUCAGCCACUACAGCGCAAGCUUUUCACUGUGGCAGUGAAGUUGCUGAAGCCAGGAGGUGUUUUAGUAUAUAGCACAUGUACAAUUACACUUUCUGAAAAUGAGGAGCAAGUUGCUUGGGCCCUGAAAACUUUUCCAUGCCUCCAGCUUCAUCCACAGGAACCUCACAUUGGAGGAGAAGGCAUGAAGGGAGCUGGACUAUCACUUGAUCAGCUGAAGCUGCUCCAGAGGUUUGAUCCAUCUGCUGUGACAUUGCAAGGAAUGGAUAUUAAUUCUUUGCAAGAUUCUAGAGAAGAUGACCUGAUUUCUUUGGCAAAUAAAGACUGUAUAGGAUUUUUCAUUGCAAAAUUUAUUAAAUCGAACAGUAAAUAAGGAUUUGGGAAUGCAACCUGAAAAAAUACCUCAGUGAGUCUAAGAACAGUUCAGACGUGAAGUGCCUUUCUUCCUGCUGCAAUGUUACCAAGCCAACGGGCUGACGGCAGGGUUGCUAUGGCAGCACUAAAAUCUGCCAGCUGUUCUGAUGGGAAAGAGCCACAGGUUGCAGCAAAGUCAUGGUUGGGGGAAGGGUAGUAGCAUUUGUAAGUCUGCCUCUGCUUUUGUAUUUACAGCAGGUCAGUGCCUGAAUGACAACUAUGAUCACUCAUAUUGCUGUCUG